AUAAAAUUGGAAAAGACCACUUCACAAGUCACCUUUACUUGUGCUGGAGGUUGUUGUUGUUGCUAUAGUAUUGUAUUGUAUUGCCAUCAUCUAUCUAUCUAUCUAUCUACCAUACCAUGAGCUUUUCCUUUCGUGGCGUGAACAUGAGCGUUCCGUUCCAGAGGGAGACCCCAGUGGAGCAAGACGGAAGUAACUCGUCUUCUUUUUUUGAUGCGCGCGAUCGUGGUGACCAUGGCAUUGAGGAUCUGUUGUUGGCGGAAGAAGAGGAUGCCAAGAACGCCAGUGCGAUCUUUUGGGCCGAGGCCAUGGCGUCCAUGAACUUUACCAACGUGUCGACCACCAUCGGUCCGUCUUCUAGUAGUAGUCCUCGCGACGCCUUGUCGUCGCAGUGCUUUUCGGUGCGCGACCGUCUCACGAGCAGCAGCGGCCACUCGCGUGGUCCUUUUGCUAGUGGCGGCGGCGGUGAUUCUUCCGAGUCCCACUAUUCGGAUUGUCAGUCGGCAUUGAUGGAGACCAUUCGUGUCGCCACUCUCAAUCUGCUCCACGGCCAAUGGUCGGAUGCCACCGGUCUUGUGACGCGUGAUCAGCUCCGCGAUGAAAUGCAGAAAGAGUGCAAAACGCUCAACAACCAUCAGUUCCUCGAUGCGGCUGUCGACGCUCUCAUGCAAGAUGCCGUGCCCUCCGAUCAAGACCCUCCGCAAGGUUUGACGUUUGACCAGUUCAGUGUCAUGUUUGAAAACAACCCCGACCUUUACCGCAUCUUCAAGGACAAGCUGGACGACAACUGCAAUACCAACGCCAAGCCUACACGACCAGAAGAAGCUACUACUGUCAUUCGCACAUUGACUCCCGCCGAGCAAGCCGCCCAAGAACAAGAGAACGAACAGACAUGGAAGACGCAUUGGAAGAACCACAAGGUCAAGAACAUUUGGCUGGCGCUCUACGUCCUCGCCACGAUUGCCGCCUUUGGUACCAAGGCAUACAAGUACGCUGUUCAUCGAGACGACGCCACGGAAAUCAUGGGAGGAUGCAUUGUCGUCGCACGAGGAGCCGCGCAGUGUCUCAACCUCAACUGCGCCUUGAUCUUGAUCCCCAUGCUUCGACAUGUCAUGACACGACUCCGACAAACCAAGUUGCGUCACUACGUUCCCUUUGAUGACCUCGAACGCAUCCACAUUCUCAUUGGAGUCGCCAUUGCCUUUUGGACUACAAUGCACGUCGGGGCACACAUUUGCGAUUUCUCCCGUCUUUCAAAUGCGGAUGAAGACGAUAUCAUGGCGCUGGUGGGAGACAACCCCGAGAUGGCGGGAUUUGCUCAAAAGGAUCCUUCAGGCCGAUGGAUCAUGGCACUCUUCCAAACACGCGCUGGUGUCACGGGGAUUCUCAUGGUCCUCUGCUGUCUCGUCGCUUAUCCCAUGACCCAAGUCCGAAAACCCAAAAUCGUCCGCGGGACACAAGUCCGCAAACCUCGUUUCAAUGUCUUUUGGAACACUCAUCACCUCCUCAUUCUCAUGCUACUCCUCUUGUGCAUUCAUGGAACGGCCAACCUACUCGAGCACUACCAAAGUGUCUUUUGGGUCGGACUGCCAUUCCUCCUCUACAUUGGGUCUCGCAUUUGGCGAGAGACGCCUCUUUCCAACGUUCACGUCUUGGAUGCACAGCUCAAGUCGGGUGGCGAUGUCUUGAUGCUCCGUCUCCAAAAGCCAGUCAGUUGGAACGAACGGCUACGGGCCGGCAUGUACGCUUUUGUCAAAGUCCCCGCCAUUAGUUCCUACGAAUGGCAUCCCUUUACUCUCACGUCCAAACCGUCUGAUCCCUUUCUCGAGUUUCAUCAGAAAAGUUCCGGAGAUUGGACCUCCAAAUUGCAAGCUCAUGUCCGAGAGAUUCACCUCCAAGCCGCCAUUAACAAUAAUGAAUCCACGGAAACGUCGUCGUCCUUGACCAAUCUGGAAGAUUCUCGUCCCCGCGACCACGAAGAAAAGGUUGAGGAAGGAUUUGAACUGGAAAACGGCGAUGUGGUGGCAAUCCGUACCAAUGGACAGCCUCCUGCCAACGACACUUCGGAUCAGCCAACACUUGUGCCAGUCAUGCCUGCCAUUCCUACUGGCAUUACGGACAUGGUCGUCAAGGUGGAAGGACCCAUGGGAGCAUCUGCGCAAGGAUUCAAAGAGUAUCCGGUCGUCGUUUUGAUUGGUGGAGGCAUUGGAGUGACUCCCAUGAUCUGCGUUUUGAAGGAGCUCCUGGUCAAUCCGGGAAAGAUGCGUCGUGUCUUUUUCUACUGGAGCACCCGUGAUCCCUCCAACUUGGAAAUGUUCACGGCGCUCAUGGACGAAAUCUACCUUCAUGAUGAUCCGCGUCAUGUGUUGCAAACCCGUCAUUUCCUCACGUCCAUCAAGAAUGACGACCGCAGCUUGGACAAAGUCUUGCUCCAUCAUGCCACCCGCGCCCCCAAUCAUCGAUGCGACUUUGAUCUCAUCUUGGGCCAGCAAACGCAUCAUCAAGUCGAAGUGGGACGUCCCAAGUGGGAUCAAGAGCUCAAGAGCGUCCAGCAGGAAGCCAUGAGUCUGGGAUGCGGCAAGUGCGGUGUCUUUGUCUGUGGAAAUCAUGGACUGGCUUCCGCUGUGGACGAGUCUGCCACCAAACUGUCUGGCAAGGACUUUCAUUUCUACUUUAGCAAGGAGACCUUUUGA